CGAUCGACUCCACCCCAUGCCGCCGCCAUGGCCGAGGAAGAGCUGCAGGCCAAACUGCGCGAGCUGGACCACGAGCUAGAGGAAGGCGACAUCACAAAGAAAGGGUGCGAAGCCUGCCCGCGCCAGCUCGANUACGAAAAGCGCCGGACGCUUCUGCUGUCGCAGUUCUACGGCCAUGGAGAGUUGGACGCUCUGUCGUCGGCCGACCACUCGCGUACUGCCUCGCUGGCAAACAUCUCUGCCGGCCCGUAUGCCGCCGAUGACAGCUUCAGCAAUGCCCCGACUGCCGUCGACCGUACCGCCUCGGCUUUCCAGGGCCGUUCCACGCCUGCUAGCAUGUACGGCUCCGACUAUGCCUUCAACCCGGACCCUCAGUACAAUCACCUGCUCGCUCGUCAAUCCCACCAACAACCCUCACCCGAUGUCCAGAGCCGUCUGAGCACAAUGCUGGACUCGCAACAAGGUUUCUUCGAUGACUUUGCUGGCCAGCAGAUGCAGGAUCAGUCUCGCGAAGAGAGCUAUGGUGGUCCACAACGCUAUUCCAUGGGCGAAGCCUUCUCGCCCACAGCCAACAUUCCUCCCCCUUUGAUGCCUUCGACCGACAUGGAGUCAAAUGCUCCCAUACAUCAGCUGCCCCUUGAGCCAAGAGAGGUGCCCUUUGCCGUCUACGAUCCUCACAACAAGACGGUUCCCAUGUCCAACUUCGACAACAUUGGUGCUGUUCUCCGUCAUCGCGCUAGAUUCAACGGCCGCCAGCCCGCAUAUUGGGUUCUCGAUUCAAAGGGUAAAGAAACUGCCUCCAUCACUUGGGAAAAGCUAGCCAGCAGGGCUGAAAAGGUCGCCCAAGUCAUUCGCGACAAGAGCAAUCUGUACCGCGGAGACCGUGUUGCCCUGGUCUACCGUGAUACCGAGGUCAUAGACUUUGCUGUUGCGCUCAUGGGUUGCUUCAUUGCUGGUGUUGUCGCUGUGCCUAUCAACAACGUCGAUGACUACCAAAAACUUGGUCUUCUCCUCACUACAACCCAGGCACAUCUUGCUUUGACCACGGAUAACAAUCUUAAAGCUUUCCACCGUGACAUCAGUCAACAGCGGUUGAAGUGGCCCUCAGGUGUCGAAUGGUGGAAGACUAAUGAGUUCGGCAGCUAUCAUCCAAAGAAGAAAGACGACACGCCACCGCUCCAGGUUCCGGAUCUGGCCUACAUAGAAUUUUCUCGAGCUCCAACUGGUGACCUGCGUGGUGUUGUCCUGAGCCAUCGUACAAUCAUGCACCAGAUGGCUUGUGUCAGCGCCAUUGUGUCCACCAUCCCUACCAGUGACCCUGAUUCUGGAUUCAGAGCCCCUCCAGGGACAAAAGCUGAGACUAUCUUGUCUUAUCUCGACCCCAGAGAAGGUGUCGGCUUGAUCCUUGGUGUGCUGUUCGGUGUCUACGGUGGUCAUACGACCGUCUGGCUCGAGGCCAAGACCGUCGAUACACCCGGUAUGUAUGCGCAUUUGAUCACCAAGUAUAGGACCACUAUCAUGGUUGCCGAUUAUCCAGGCUUGAAACGAACCGCGUACAAUUACCAGCAGGAUCCAAUGGCCACGAGGAACUUCAAAAAGAAUGCCGAGCCGAACUUCUCGACAGUCAAGAUCUGUCUGAUCGACACGAUCACCGUGGAUAGCGAGUUUCAUGAAAUUUUGGCAGACCGAUGGUUCAGACCCAUGCGUAAUCCUCGUGCUAGGGAAUUGGUCGCUCCAAUGCUUUGUUUGCCUGAACAUGGAGGUAUGAUCGUAUCUGUCAGAGAUUGGCUUGGCGGCGAAGAAAGGAUGGGAUGUCCUUUGAGUAUCGACGAGGCCGAUCACGACCUCAAGGAUAACGGAACUGCAAACCAAGGAAGCUCAAACAACUAUUCCAGCCUGCUAGGUAGUGUCGGAGGUACCACGGCAAAGAAAGGACAGAGAAAUAGCCGGAACGAGUUGAGUGAGGUAUUGCUUGACAAAGAGGCACUGAAAACAAACGAAAUAGUCGUUCUCGCCGUGGGUGAAGAUGCCAGGAAAAGGGCCAACGAACCUGGAACCGUAAGGGCAGGUGCCUUCGGAUACCCAAUCCCGGAUGCAACCCUUGCUCUGGUCGACCCUGAGACCGGACUGCUCUGUUCACCUUUCACAAUUGGAGAAAUCUGGGUAGACUCCCCAUCACUCUCUGGAGGCUUCUGGGCUCUGCCAAGACACACUGAGAGUAUCUUCCACGCCAGGCCUUACCGUUUUGUCGAAGGCAGUCCUACGCCAGUCCUGGUUGAGCCCGAGUUCUUGCGUACCGGCCUUCUUGGGUGUAUCAUCGAAGGCAAGGUAUAUGUACUUGGCCUAUACGAGGAUCGCAUAAGACAACGAGUAGAGUGGGUCGAGAAUGGUGUCCAAGAGCACGAGCACCGAUACUUCUUCGUCCAGCACCUGGUUACGAGCAUCAUGAAGACUGUACCGAAAAUCUUCGAUUGUUCUGCAUUCGAUGCACAUGUCAACGGCGAAUACCUACCAUUCGUGCUUUUGGAGUCCCAGGCUGCCUCCACAGCUCCUACCACCGCAGGUGGACCACCAAGACAACUAGACAUUCCUUUCCUGGAUUCGCUUACUGAGCGUGUCAUGGAAGUGCUUUACCAGGAACACCACCUACGAGUUUACUGUGUGAUGUUGACGGCUCCAAACACACUGCCACGUGUUGUCAAGAACGGUAGAAGAGACAUCGGAAACAUGUUGUGCCGAAAGGACUUCGACAACGGAGCACUGCAAUGUGUGUACGUCAAGUUUGGUGUCGAGAGAGCUGUUCAAAACCUACCAUUGGGCGAUGACCCUGCCGGUGGCAUCUGGUCGCCCUUGGCCUCGCAAGCAAGACAAGACCUUUUGAUGUUGCAAGACAAGCAAUAUUCCGGUGUAGAUCACCGAGAGGUGGUGAUUGAUGACAGAACAUCGACUCCCUUGAACCAGUUCUCUAACAUCCAUGAUUUGAUGCAGUGGCGCGUUUCGCGACAGGCUGAAGAACUAGCUUACUGUACAAUUGACGGUCGUGGCCGCGAAGGUAAGGGUGUUAACUGGAAGAAGUUUGAUCUCAAGGUUGCAGGUGUGGCCACCUACUUGAAGAACAAGGUCAAGGUCCAGCCUGGUGAUCAUUUACUGCUCAUGUACACCCACUCAGAGGAUUUCGUCUAUGCCGUACACGCUUGUUUCUGUCUGGGUGUAGUGGCUGUACCGAUGGCCCCCAUUGACUCCAACAGACUCCAUGAAGAUGCGCCAGCGUUGCUUCAUGUCAUAGCUGAUUUCCGCAUCAAGGCCCUUAUUGUUAAUGCAGAUGUUGACUCACUCUUGAGACAGAAAGCUGUUUCGCAGCACCUCAAGCAGUCGGCGUUGAUACUCAAGGUUAACCUCCCCAACAUCUACAAUACCUCAAAGCCGCCCAAGCAAUCCCAUGGAUGCCGCGAUCUCGGAUUCACCAUGCGACCAGCUUGGGUAGCUCAAGGGUUCCCUGCCCUCAUAUGGACUUACUGGACACCGGAUCAGCGUAGGAUUGCCGUUCAGCUGGGCCACGACACCAUUAUGGCAUUAUGCAAGGUGCAAAAGGAGACUUGUCAGAUGACGUCCACUCGUCCAGUCUUGGGCUGUGUGAGAUCUACUAUGGGCAUUGGGUUCUUGCAUACCUGCUUGAUGGGCAUCUUCUUGGCCGCUCCUACAUACUUGGUAUCGCCUGUCGACUUUGCUGCGAACCCAAGCAUUUUGAUCCAGAUACUGUCACGCUACAAGAUCAAGGAUACCUACGCGACAUCGCAAAUGCUCGACCAUGCCAUGGCUCAUAAUGCCGGGAAAUCGACCUCUCUCCUCGAGCUGAAGAACCUUAUGAUUGCGACAGACCAAAGACCACGCGCUGACGUUUAUUCCAAAGUGCGUGUGGCAUUUUCGCAGUCGGCACUUGACAGAACUGCUAUCAACACCAUAUACAGCCAUGUGCUGAACCCUAUGGUUGCGAGCCGUAGCUACAUGUGUAUAGAACCCAUCGAGCUCUACCUUGACACCAACGCACUUCGCCGAGGUUUAGUGGCUCCUGUCGACCCUGACACAGAGCCAUUUGCUCUAUUGGUUCAGGAUUCGGGCAUGGUGCCUGUCAGUACGCAAAUCAGUAUCGUCAACCCAGAGACCAAUCGGCUGUGUUUGGCAGGCGAGUACGGCGAGAUCUGGGUACAAAGUGAAGCCUCUGCAUACUCCUUUUACGGCUCCAAAGACGCAUUUGAUGCUGAACGCUUUAACGGCCGUACAGUCGAUGGUGAUCCUGGUGUAAGGUACAUGCGAACUGGAGAUCUCGGUUUCUUGCAUAGCGUUAGCAGGCCUAUUGGCCCUGGUGGCAAUAUGGUCGAAAUGCAGGUUCUUUUCGUUCUCGGUGGAAUUGGCGAGACGUUCGAAGUUAACGGUCUUCAACACUUCCCUAUGGAUGUUGAAGCCAGUGUAGAGAGGUGCCACCGCGCUCUAGUCUCUGGUGGAUGUGCAAUCUUCCAAGCCGGUUCGCUUCUGGUCCUGAUUGCCGAGUCUCGGACUCGUGCCUUCCUUGCAUCGAUAGUGCCUAUGAUAGUAAAUACGGUACUCAAUGAACAUCAGCUUGUUCUUGAUAUCGUCGCUUUUGUGCAGAAGGGCGACUUCCCACGAUCACGACUUGGCGAAAAACAACGAGGCAAGAUCUUGGCUAGCUGGGUCUCGCGCAAGAUGCGUACAAUAGCUCAAUUCAGCAUUCGCGACCCUGAUGCCGAGGGAAGUGUAGGCACAGCGGUGCCAAACGAAGUUGCAGCUGGCAGACGCAGCAGCGUACAAUCGGGUAUUGCAGGCGCUGGCGCCUUCAGAGGAGGACCCGGCAGUAUUAACCGCGCUCCCGGCACGGCAGGCAGCUCUUUGCGUCAUGUAGAAAGCAUUUCACAGUUGCCGUUGGUCGAAGAGCCGCAUGCGUACGACACAUCCAUGCCCCAACAACUCUACACGGACGAGUUGCCGCGACCAUCGGCAGAGUUCCUACACAACAAUGACCACACUCCUACCAACGAGCGGCCACACGACCUUACUUUGAACACGACACUUGACUAUUCUCCAGUGGAAGGCAAUAUGAUUUACGGCUUCUCAGACGAGCAGGACUUUGCAGGCGUGGCACCCGAGCAGCAUCAACCACCACCUCGAUCGGACUACAGAGGCGUUUAUGGCGGAGCGCCUGAUUCGCCCGAGGACAUGCCAAUGCAGCAGUCGGGCGGAUUGAGGGUUGCCAACCGCACCAGUAUUGAUAGCGACGAUGAUUGGUCACAGAAUGCAUUGAAGCAUUUGAACCUGAAUGCGAGAUAG